AUGGCGCAAUCAGAAUUCGAAAUUGAUUUGGGAAAUCUCAUGGCUUUCGAUCUGCAUCGUCAAUUUCCUUCUACUUUCUCUUCCAGGGAGGAGCUAGUAAAGGAGGCUAUUGAACAGGGAACCAAAUUGGUGCAAGCAGUUGCUGAUGCCCUGUUUAAUAAACCGUCAACUGAAGAACUAGAUGGUCCCAUUGUCAAGUUGCCUGCGCCUACGACAAAAUUGCCGAGAGAGAAGCCUCUUCCCAAACCUAGACCUCCAACAAAAUGGGAAUUGUUUGCUCAAAAGAAAGGUAUUGAUAAACACAAGAAAGACAAACUUGCAUUUGAUGAGCAAACCGGUACUUGGAAGCGACGUCAUGGCUAUGACCGUGUAAAUGACGACAAGGAUAUACCUAUAAUUGAGGCCAAGAUGACAGAUGAACCAGGAACGGAUCCUUUUGCUGAGAGACGAAAAGAGAAGAAGAGCAGAGUUGAGAAGCAAGAGAAAAAUAGGUUGCUGAACUUGAAACAAGCAGCAAAAGUUGGUGCCUUGCCUAGCCAUGUUCAGCUUGCUGCCACAGCCUUACCAAUAACAGGAACCCAAGCAAGGCCUCAGAAAGUGGGCAAGACUGAAUUACAAAAUGUUGCCGGAAUGGCAUCGACUGCAACAGCCAGUGGUGGAAAAUUUGACAAGAAAUUGCCUGGAGAGAAGCCUCCAAAGCAUGAAAAGAAAUACCGAAAGUUCUUGCCUGCUGUUGAAGGAUCUGGAAUGGGUGCGUUAGAAAAGCAACAAACAGAAAAGGUUCUCAACAAGUUGAUCUCCAAAAAUUCUCACGACGUACUCAAUGUUGAAAAGGCUGUGAACAUGUACAAUGUGAAGAAGGAAAAGAAACGAAGAAACAAUGAAGGGAAGCCGUCAACCCGAAGCAAGUUGAAGCCAAACAAGAAAUCUCUCAAGAAAACAUCAAAAAGGGUGUCUUCUAGUAAAGGGAAGCAAGCGCAACAGUACGAGAUUCUAUAUACAAAGUUUUGCCCUCUCCGCCCACCCCUUCCUUCUCUACUGAGCUCUGCUUCGUUUUACAUAGAAGGGAGAAGGGAAGGGACGAAGAGAGCAGAGAAAAGAAGGAAAGGGGACAUUUUUCUGGAAAAAUUUAAAUUUUGA